AAAGUUAAUGGUUCAGUUGUUGCGUGCAUACGUCGUGCGUCACGCAAAUAAGAGUCACGCUUUCGUUUUCUUGAUGACGUUCAUAAGCGCGUUGAUUUUGCGUCAUAUCGGAACAAAUCCGACAAUGGCGGCGGUGGAAAACCCUGAGAAUGAAGGCUCUCCCGAGGAAAUACCGGAAAAGCGACCAACGUUAUUUAAUAGGGUGAAGGCAGUAGUUUUUAAGAACUUUUUGUCCAUCAGCUUAGUUUUUUUCGUAGCUCUAGGAAUUUUGGCUCCAGAACCCGGCGUCUUCUUCAGCGAACUACCAACCCACUAUGUCUGCGUCGUUGGACUCUUUCUUCACAGUGGACUCAAACUUAAAACAGGAGAAGUGAAAGACGCUUUUAAAGCGUUCAAGGCUAUGAUCUGGGGUGUUAUUUGUAUUUUGCUGAUUACGCCGAUUAUUGGCGGACAUUUAACUGGAUUGUUGCCGUACACUGUCACAAAAGGCCAUGCCACGACAAACGGCUUUGACGUGAAUGAAAAUAAUUCUUCGAAUUGAAGUUCUUCAUCCACUGAGAAACACUCAGUGGGUAGUUCAAUACUUGGUCCAGUGUUGUUUCAAAUAGGAAUGCAGAUUUAUUUCAUUGUGCCGUGUACGAUCUCGGCCGGUGUAAUCUUGACAGCUCAAGCUGGGGGUGCUGUAGCAUUAUCUGUACUGCUCACAGUGUUUUGUAAUUUGGCAGCUGUAUUCACUGUUCCGCCUCUUGUGGCCUGGAUAAUAAAUUUUGAGGAUGUCCAGCUGGAUCCUGUUAAACUUUUGAUUAAACUGUUGCUGACUGUGCUUCUCCCCUUGUUGGUUGGCAAGGCUUUAAGAUACAUACCCCAUGUGAAGCCAUGUGUUAAGAAAUACUCCAAUACACUGAAAGUGAUCAGCAUCAUACUAUUAACCAUGAUUCCCUGGCUGAAGGUCAGUCAAGCAAGUGCACAAAAAGCUUUCACUGGGAUCUCUGUUGGAAGCCUUUUUGCUGUUGUUGGAUGGGGCCUGGCAAUGCACCUUCUCUUUAUCAUCAUCGUCAUUUUUCCAUGUUUUCUUUUGAAACUGGAAAAACCUGUUCUCAAGUCAGUUGUGAUAAUGGCCAGUCAAAAAUCCCUGGCAGUUGCAGUAACAAUAGCUGGUUUUCUUCCAUUUACACAAGCUGAACAAGGUUUGCUAAGCUUGCCACUGAUUUUAAUUCAUCUUGGAAUUCUUGUGGCUGAUUCAGUGUGGGCAUCUUGGUGGAUUUCAUGGGAUGCCAAGAAAGAAAAAGAGAAAGCUGACCCUGGAGAUGUGACUACCAAUCUAGCAUCUGAUAAUGAGCUUGAUGAUUUGUCCUGUAAAGAAAAUCCACAGUUACAUGUUUCAUCUGUUUAAUGGCAUAACUCUGAGUUGAAAUU